ACGAACAAGGCCGACAUAUCAUCAAGACAAGGACAGCAAGAAAUGGCCGCUACAAAGACAACGAAGGGCAAGGCAGCAGCCAAAUCUGGCUCAAAAGAUUCCAAGGCAAAAGCUGCCAAAAAAGCCGCACUACAGGGUGUCCACUCGCACUCAUCGCGCAAGACACGUUAUUCCGUUUCCUUCUACCGCCCAAAGACCCUCAGACUACCACGGGAUCCUAAAUACCAGCGCAAGUCUGUCCCUCAUGUCCCAAGAAUGGAUCAGUUCCGGACCAUUGUUUCGCCUUUGAACACAGAGUCUGCCAUGAAAAAGAUCGAGGAGCACAACACGCUUGUAUUCAUUGUUGACAUCAAGUCAAACAAGCGUCAGAUCAAGGAUGCAGUUAAGAAGCUGUAUGAUGUACAGGCCGAAAAGAUCAAUACCCUCAUCCGACCUGAUGGCAAAAAGAAAGCGUACGUGCGGCUUGCAGCUGAUCACGAUGCUUUGGACGUCGCAAACAAGAUUGGGUUCAUCUAAUCUGUUCUGUUUGAUUGUGAUGAGAUGGUGUCUUUGUUAUUGCAUUACCGUAAAUCUGCCAUGUAUGCCUGCCAUGCCCCACCAAGUCUAAUGCAAGAUAUGCAUCCAUGAGCUCUGAUUAUAUGUAGAAGCGGGUAACGAGGCGGGAUUAUAUCAGUGAUCUGUAAAGAUGGACAGGUG